AUGUCGGACACGGAGAGCGAGUCGGCGCUGGAGCUCGGCAGCCGCCUCACGGCGUCGUCCCUGUCGCCGACGCUGCCCGGCGACGCCGAGCCGCUCAAACCGGUCGACAAGGCGUCGGAGCCGCGCGGCAACCUGCUCAAGAAGCAGAGCGAGUCGCGGCUCGUGGGCCUCCAGCGCGAGGACAGCGUCGUGCGCUUCGCCGGCGAGGUGUCGCCGGCCAAGACGGAGACGCCGAGCCGGCGGCCGAGCAGCGGCCACGUCAUGAACCGGCAGCACUCGGCCUUCAACGCGAUCGUCGACGGCAACAUCGAGGAGUACGAGAAGCGCGUCGAGAAGCGCCUGCAGCCCGGCGGCUACACCAUGCUCCACCCGGCGUCGAAAUUCCGCCUGCUCUGGGACAUCCAGAUGCUCGUCUACGUCGUCUACGUGUCGCUGCUCUUCCCGUACUACAUGGGCUUCAACACGGAGGCCAAGGGCGGCGUCGCGAUCUUCGAGCUCAUGAUCGACUACCUCUUCAUGGUGGACCUCGUCCUGAACUUCCGCACGGGCUACAUCGACCGCAACGGCAUCGUCGUCCUGGACGGCCGCCGCGUCUUCCUGCACUACCUGCGGACGUGGUUCGUCCUCGACUUCGUGUCGUCGGCGCCGCUGGACCUGCUCCUGGGCCCGGCCUUCCGCAACCUCAACGCGGCCAAGCUCCUCAAGGUCGGGCGCCUCUUCAAGGCGCUGAAGAUGCUGCGCAUCGGCAAGCUGGCCAAGCUCACGCAGGAGUCGGGCGUCACGGAGUCGCUCGACGAGUUCAUGGUCUCCGCGCCGGCGAACGCGCUCUUCAACCUGCUCAAGGUCGUGGGCUCCUGCGCCCUCCUCUGCCACCUCAUGGCCUGCUUCAUGGCGCUCUCCGGGCCGGGCUUCCUGGAGACGUACGCGUGCGCCGACGACGACGGCGGCUGCCACGAGGGGAACGCGAACGACUGGCCGACGAAGCGCAAGUACCUCGCGUCGCUCUACUGGGCCAUGUCGACGAUGACGACCGUGGGCUACGGCGACGUGAUCCCGCGGUCCGACGAGGAGCGCGCGUACGCGAUGGUCGGCAUGAUCGUCGGCGGCGGCUUCUACGGCUACGUCAUCGGCAUCAUCUCGACGCUCGUCGCCGUCUCCGACGCGAACAUGCGCGCCUACAACGAGAAGAUGGGCGUCGUCAACGCCUGGCUCGAGUUCAACGACCUGCCGCGCGAGAUGCGGCGCAAGGUGCGGACGUACUUCAAGACGUUCCUCAGCGAGCGGAGCGCGCUCGACGAGCAGGCGAUCCUCAACGACCUCGACCCGGGGCUGCGCGCCGAGCUCGGCCAGUACCUCAUCCCCGACGCGGUCCGCGACUCCGCGCUCUUCUCGGGGCUGCCGCCGACGGUGCUCGCGAAGCUCUCGACGCUGCUCCGGCCCGUGCCCGCGGCCGUCGACGACGUGCUCCAGGUCCAGGGCACGCACGGCGUCACGAUGCACGUCGUCGUCGCGGGUUUGGUCGAGGUCGGCCGCAGCGCGAAGCUGCCCGCGCGCGGCGACUCGGUCACGCUGGAGUCGCCGAAGCUCGCGGGCGCGUUCUGGGGCCGCCAGGCGUCGGACCUCGGCGCGCCGGGGUCGCCCAAGGGCCCGACGACGACCCACUUCCUCAGCGCGUCGGACACCUUCGGCGAGCUCGUCGUGCUGGGCAUCGAGCACACGUACUCGGCGACGGCGACGGCGCGCGAGCCAACCGCGCUCUACAUGAUCGAGCAGGCCCAGCUCUACGAGCGCUUCGGCGCCAUGCCCGAGGCCCUGGGCGACAUCCAGCACCGCCUCGAGGAGAUCUACGACCGCCUCGACGGCAUCGAGCAGGCGCAGGCCGACCCCCGGUCCGAGGCGCUCGCCGCCGAGGCCGCGCUCAACGCGUCGCUGAACGCGUCCGUCGCCGCGGUCCUCGACCGCGACCGCGCCAAGGCGGCGCGGCCGCCGGGCGACGCCCAAAAGGGGCCCGCGCCGCGCGCGGGCGCGACGCCCUACGCGAGCCCGGACGCGGGCGGCCGCCGCGUCCCCCUCGUGCGCCAGCUCAGCGACCACCGCAUCACGGACAACUCGCCCGAGGCCAACGCGAACCGCCGGCGCCUCAAGCGCUUCGAGGAGCUCCUCGAGAACCGGUCGCCCGAGCCGACGCGCCGCGCGAUCUCCGCCGUCGACGCGGAGCACUGGAUCGCCGCGACGAACAAGAGCCGCGACCGCAAGCACGCCGCCCAGGCGCCCCGGUCCACGCCGGCGGCCUACCGCUCCCUCGCGCCCAAGGACGACGCGGCCGCGGCGCGGCCGCCGUUCAAGAAGGCGUCCUCGGGCUCCGCGCUCGGCGAGCACGCGGCCGCGGAGGAGCGGCCGGGCCUGGCCCGGUCCGUGUCGGACCCGAGCCCGGAGACCGCGGAACGGACCCUCGGGGAGACGUAA